ACAACCAGCUAAUGUCACCUCAUGAGACUUGAGCAUAUUUUAAUAAGUGCAUAAAUUCUCUAUGUGUGUUAUUAGCCUAUAUGUUCGUUUAUAUAUAGCUAAAAAUUCAGAUAUAUUGAAUCCCAUUGAGAAAUCAGCCUAUUCACAUAAGGAACAUACAGGGCAUUCUCAUAGGAAGUGUUCCACUACUAAGCUGGUGAACUUUAACACAAUGCGACGACUUUUAACGAGAGUCAUUCAGGGAGUCUGGCUGAGAGAGCCGUUUACUCCAGCGAUGGGCGUUGAAGCAGAAAUACACACACAAGGCCGACGAAGGCUGGUGGUGGGGCUGGGUAACCCGGGGAUGGAGGGUACCAGACACAGCGUCGGCAUGGCGGUGCUCGGCGCGCUCGCCGCCCGGCUCGGCGUGGCGGACCGUUGGCGUGGCGACAAGCAUGUGUCCGGUGAGGUCAUCAUGUCAGAGGUCCAACAAACACAUGUGGUGCUGCUCCGUCCCCGACUGCUGAUGAACAUCAACGGGGUGUCAGUGGCCAAAGCAGCUGGUAAAUACGGUGUCAAGCCUGAAGACAUCCUGCUGGUCCACGAUGAGCUGGACAAACCUCUGGGGAAAAUGGUCAUCAAACAUGGAGGAAGUGCCAGAGGUCAUAACGGAGUCCGCUCCUGUGUAGACUGUCUUCAGACUGAUGUGAUGCCCAGGCUUCGGGUCGGGAUUGGCCGGCCGACGGGGAAAACGUCCGUGGAGCGUUACGUCCUGGGCCGGUUCUCCUCCGAGGAGAAGAAGGUUCUGGACUCCGUUCUGGUCCAGAGCGUGGACCUCCUCCUCUCCCAGCUCUCCCAGCAGGACUCCCAGUGCCCCUCCUCCCCAGCAGGGGGCAGCCGAGCAGCACAGACGAGGAAGGAGAAGGAGACGGAGCGCUCGGCCUCUCCGGCUGACAACUCUGCUGCUGCUCAGAGCUGAAGCUCAGAGUGCCUGAACUCAAAAACAUGAACCUUCACAGAGGAGAGGAUCUCUACUGAGACUCUAUUUAUUCUCUGGUAUUUAGUUAAACACAUUUCUACAGAGCAGGAAAAAGGAUUCUUCUUGAAUUGUGACCACGAAAGUUGGCCAUAAGCUCAACAUGGAUGGAUGCCACCACCUCCUCUAAAAGCAGAGCUGCAACUAACUCUGUGUGAAUUUAUUUAAAAAUCAUUUAUUCUGUCAAAUGUCAAAAAUGAUGACAGUUUCCACUUUGUGGUUUGUUUUUGAUGUGGAGCCAAGAAUCUGUUCAGGAUAUCUAACAUUUCAAGAUAUGAUAUUUAAUACUGUACGUGAAUGGUGCAUUAAUCCCACGGUUUUCCGUCACUGUGUUCAUUUCUGAAGCUCGCAGAGACGCAGAUUAAAGAUUUCUACACAUUUAUUCUGAUUGAAAUGAUAAGUUAAGAGGACUGUGAAGCCUUGCUGGAGGUAUACAUGGCAAUUUUAACAAUAAUAAAAGCCGAUUUCAUCAUAA